CUACCUUCUCUCAAUUUCAAGAAGCGGGAUCGAGAACUAGAGCUUGUCAAGGAAGCACUUUUAAAGCAAGAGGCUGGCAUUUUACAGUCCAUUGAGUCUAUAAGGAGAACUUUGGCCGAGUCUGAGAAGAACGAAUGCUUCUACAGACAAAGGGAGUGUUGACGGAGGAGCAAUCAAUGGCAAAACACCAGUCGCCAGAUGACAAUCAACAGAGACAGGUUCCUUCUUUCCAAGACAAAAUGCAGGCUGCUGCUGCGGGAAAGAAAAGGGAGAGCGAGAUGUUAGAGUCUCAGCUCCGAAAGCAAUUACAUGAUACGCAAGAAAAGCUUCGUGAGGUCCAGGAGCAAGGCCAGCAAGAGCUUGAACCGGCCGUCGAUUCACUAGACAGUCAAGAAGACCCCGACAAGUCUCAGGGAUUUGAAGAUUUACAGGCUGAAUGUGAUUAUCUGCGGAAAGAGAUGGCGCAUAUGAAACGACAUUUGGAACUUUCGCAUCGGAACAAUGAUCAUGACUUAGAGAAUCAACCGCCGGAGUCAUCAAACGUAUGUAAAUUCAACCCAGGACAGGAGCACUUGAGAUUAGAGUCAGCGCAGAAGCUAGUAACUGAACUCCGAAGUACUUUAGAAGAAAGUCAGAAGCGACUGUCUUUACUGGAACAGAGUCAUGAAAGGCAUGAGGAUGAACUCCAAAUGAAGAUGUUUGAGAUGCAAGAUCGGGAAGCCCAUCUGUUAACGGAGCUCCACAAUGUCCAAGAACAACGCCCGGACCAGGGCCCAAAUAACCUUUUGAAGGAGCAGAGCGAUAUAAUACACGAUGGUCAAAAGGAGCUGGCGAAAAUAACGAACCAGCUCCACUUAACCACUAAAGAACUCGAAGCACUGCGGAUGGAGUAUGCUUCACUGACUGCAUUCCAAGAGCAGUGUCAUACUCUAAGUAGCCAGGUAGAGAAACUCAAAUCCGAACUUGAUCAACAGAAAGAGCUAACUCGACAUUGGAAGGAAGAGAGCGAGGCAAAGGAACGUAAUUUGAUCACCAAGGAGCAAAAACUCGCAGACAUGGGGACAGUCGUUCUCCAAGAGCAGGCUAGUUCUCAAUUGCUGAAAAAGGAGGUGGAGGAGUUCCAAAAGAAUUUGAAGUCCAGGGAACUGAUCGUAAGUGAAUUGGAAAAGGAGCUGCAGCAGCUUCGACAAUGUCUUAGCUCCAAGGAGCUGGCAACCUUCAAACUUGAGGAGGACGUGCAGCAACACCGAGAAAGUCUAAAUCUUAUGGACCAAACUGUCGCUGACAUGGAGAAGAAUUUGCAACACCAUAGGCAGUCUUUAGCCCAGAAUGAGGAGAAAGCACACAAUCUGCAAAAAGACCUCGAACGAGCACAUGUGGACCUGCAGGAAUCUCACAAAAAGUACAACGUCCUCGAAGAAAACAUGAAGAAAGAAGCUGAGAAAGACAAGAUUCAUUUGGACGAGGUAAAGACUGAGCUGUCCAAGAGUAAAGAAAAGUUGAAUGAAGUAUUGGCUCAGCUGGAAACAAGAAGCUCGGAAGAAAUGCAAUACAGAAAAAAGUCGGCACAGGAUCUGCAAAAAUUGCAAGAAGAGCUGCGAUCAGCCCAGGCACAGUUGGACGAAAAAGUUGAAGAGGAGAAAAAACUACGAAGGAAGUCGGCACAGGACUUGCAAGACGCACAGGAACAGCUGCGGGCGUUGCGGGCACAGUUGGAUGAAAAAUCUGAAGAAGACAAAGCUUACAGAAGAAAGUCAGUGCAAGAUUUGUACGAAGCACAGGAACAAUUGGAAUCUCUGCAAUCAGAAAUGGGUAUCCAAAUCGAGAAAGAGAGAAACCUUCGCAAAGACUCCUUGAUGGACUUGCAGCAGGCGCAUCAAGAGCUGAAAGAAUCGAAGAAAAUUUUGGAACAAGUGGAGAAAAAAGCUGAUGAAGAGAAAGCGCUUAGGGAAAAAGCAGAGAAGGAGCUGCAAGAGGCACAGGAACGCUUUCGGUCUCUGCAUGAGCACGCAAAUAAAAAGGAUGAGGAAGAAAAACACUUCAGGAAGCAGUCGAUACAAGACCUGCAAGAGGCUCAAGAAAAACUGCGUGCCAUGCAGCAAGAGCAUAGAAGACAAAGCACCAUAUCGGAGGAAAAGAUGGAUUUGGUGCAAGCUCAGCAAAAAGAUCUCGUGGAACAGCUGGAAAUUGUUCAUGAAGAGAAGAGACGGUUGGAGUUAGACAACGAACAAGCUCUCGAAGAGCUGGAGUUGAUAAAGAAGGGUUUCGCUGGAUUACAGGCUACUCUUGCUAAGCAUGACUUAUGUGUUGACUUUGUAGAAGACCUUGGGGGCGUUUUAAUUGGUCUGCACAACAUUAUUGACAAACACAAGAAACAACACCAACGUAGACGAGAAGAGAAAUCCGACUAUUCAGAACAAGGGGUCGGCAGCAAGACAUCUUUGAGAAGCAGCAAGGCCGGGAAGUUGCUGAAAGAUUUGAACACCAAGAUCGAGGAUCAGAAGAAACGAAAGCACAGCAGAAGGGAUGAACGUUCAGGAUCUUCAGAACAUGGCUCCCGCAGUAAAGGAUCGCGGCUGGAAAGAAGUUCAUUAGAUACUACUGAUAUUGGAUUCAGUGAUGACUUCACAGAUGAAGGUGCCCCUGAUUUCAGGGAUGUGGCCAGCUUCACACAUUCUGAAACACCCAAGACUGAAGAGUCUGGAGGAGCCGAGGCUGGAGGUGAAGAAGAGCCUUCCAAUGCUGUCGAGCUCAAGGAGGAACUGGAGGACAACUUGGAUGACGUUUUGGAGACUUUGGGUGUAGACCCAGAUUCGGAAGGAAUGACGGAUGAAACUUAUCAGAAACUAUUGAAUGAACGAUUUCAACGGAAAUUGGAAUCAGGUCCUGAAGAGGUGGAUCUCUUGGAUACAAUAAACAUGUUCUCCACUACUUGACACUUGUUGUUGCUAGAAGGGGGAUGGUUAGAGAAUUAUGGCAUAACCUGAGAGCCACCAAAUAAACUUUCAUCGUCGUGGACAAGAACAACUAUUAGAAGCUUCCAGCUUUGGGUAGAAAAGAAGUUGCUCAUCACCCCUCGUAUGUGAUGCUCUUUACGUAGUAACUUCAAAAUCUAUAGCCUCUUUCUCCUAUCUGAGGCUCCGAGCUCAGCUUGUGAAGUAAAUUUAUAGAAUUGUAGAUCAAGGACCACAAAACCAGUCUCGAAUGCCUGCAUGUCGUGUGAUAUGAUCAGGACCUCAAGGCACUUUGAUUGGGGCAGAUCACUAACAGUUGAAACCUGCACAGCUAGCCUACACCAAUUUUUCGACCACUAAAUGUCCUCAUGUCGUUAUCAAUGGUCACGGUGGUGAUGAUGGCGCUGCUGGAGUAGAGGAGGGAUGGUGGAGGAAGAAAGAGCAAACGAGAACGAGAGGGAAAGGAUACUGUGAUGGAAUCAAUCGAUCAAUCAUUCAACAGUGCUCCCUCGACUAAAAUCUCCUACUCAUGCUCCUCCAUUCCGCUGCUGCUGCUCCCCAACCAACCGAACUUUUGUUCCAGGCCGUUUCAGGGUUUGACAUGCACAGAUGAUAUGAAGUUUGCUUAGAUUGCCUAAUACUAACGAUGCAGAACGCCGAGACGAAGUGAUUUGUGACUACCUGCUACGUCCAUGGGUACUAAGAAAAGUCUUUACUGAUAAAAAUCGUGAAGUGUUCAACGAGAACUUUGGCUCGUUUUUCUAUUUAGUGAUAACAAAUCUAAUCACUAACUAGAAUUAAGCUACUGGAAUUAAAUCAGGCAUGAGUUAGUACUAACAAUUAAAAACUCUCAUUAAUAUCCAAAAAUAUUUGACAAUCCAAACUCGUCAUUGAUGAAGCAAGCUUUCAUACAUAGAUUUCUCCAAAUUCGCCUUAAAAAUAUAAAUUUUUUUCUCUAUUUGUAUUAAUUCAAAUGUAGAAUUAUAUCCAUGAAGAAUAUCAUAUGGUAAUAUAUGAUCGACCUAUCUAGAUAUUUUAGAAACUUUUUAAACUUUUUACUUGAAGUGAGGAAAUGUCAUUGAAAUUUAAAAAAAAAUUUGUAACUCAGUUUGACAUUAAGUCAAAUUUAGACUUAUCCAC